UCAGACGGUGGUGGGAUGGCUUAAUGUGAGGGGAGAAGGAAAGAGAAAACGUCCUGAAGAAAGGAGCCUGGAGUGAAUGAGCGCUGGGCUGCACCGGGAACACAGCAGCGUUUCAAAACAAAGGACAGCUUCUUCACUUCGCCUGCAACAUCACACCACAUCGGCUCUCUGUGUGCUUCUCAAAUGUUACCAUGGCUGAGGGAAGCUGCUUCGGUGCGUUGUAGCUGUUUGGUUUGACCAGAGCCAGACCUUGCCUCAAUAGAGAAACAGAAGAAGAAGAGGGAAAAGCAAAGAAUACCGACUGAGAGGAGGAAAAACAUCUGCUCAUAGAGGAUAAAAUCAGGACAGGGAAUCAACUGGAACUUUCCCUUUUGUAGUAAAGGAAUUUAAAUUCCCUAGUAUCAGUCAGAGCUCUGUCCAUUUUGAAGGGUUUCAAGAAUUAUAUAUUUUUUUACUUUGUUUGUGACCAUCUCAGAAAGAGUGAGCAUCAUGUGCCAUGUUAUUGUAACAUGCCGCUCUAUGCUCUGGACGCUGCUCAGUAUUGUAGUGGCCUUUGCUGAGCUUAUAGCCUUCAUGAGCCCUGAAUGGCUGCUGGGAUCCCCACGGAGGGACUCCAGUUCGAGCGGGGCAGGCGUGGACGCGGGGGAGUACCGGCCGUCUCUCGGCCUGUACAGCCGCUGCCUUCGUGUGGAGUCCCGGGGAAUUGGGGUGAGCUGCGGGCCCUACGCUCGGACAUUUGGAGAAGUGGCCAGUGGCUUCUGGCAGGCUGCCAUGUUAUUUCUGGCAGCAGGGAUCUUGGUUCUAGCAGGGGUCGCCUGUAUCUCCAUCUUCAGCCUGUGCUUCCAGAGCAUCCUGAAGAAGAGUAUAUUCAACAUCUGUGGACUGCUCCAGGCAAUCGGAGGCCUGUUGCUGAUGGUGGGCCUCAUGCUCUACCCUGCUGGUUGGGGAUCAGAGAAGGUGAUCAACUACUGCGGUGCUGAGGCCUUGCCCUUUAGGCCGGCUCUUUGUUCCCUCGGUUGGGCCUUCUACGCAGCAAUAGGAGGAACGCUGGGAUCCUUCCUGUGUGCUGUUUUGUCUGCACAGGCUGAAAUUGCCACCUCCAGCGACAAGGUUCAGGAGGAGAUUGAAGAGGGGAAGAGUCUGAUCUGCCUGCUCUGAGCACACCUAGGGAAACCAUCCUUGGUGUCUUCUCUCUUUUACAGACAUUUUUAGAUCUCAGAGGAAGGAGAAAAGACGUUUCUCUGAACGAUUUUCCAUAUGAUACCCUGGAUAAAAUCUGCUGGCUGUUGAAAAGAUGGAAGCCUUUAAAACUAAAUAUUAAUAUACAGAUCACGCUACCAAUAUCGUACUACCUAAUGAUAAACAGGGACAGUAAAAAGUACAUUUUGCUUCUACAGCUGCCGGUUAAACUGCCAAGAAGGCUCUUGAACAGCAGAAGGCUAAACAACAUUACCUGCAGACUUAACCAAUGUUUUUGAACAAGAUUGUGUUUAUUUUUGUAAUAAUCCUUGCCAUCAACAAACCACUGUACUUGAAAAACAGGAGAUUAGUUAAAGAAAUUGGUAGUCGAUGACUCAUUAGCAUUUCUGUGGACAGGUUAAUUACUGCAAGUCAGUGCGUAGGUUUGUUACGUCAUUACAAUGUUCAUUCACACGGUUCACCUGCAAAACGUAACAAACCACUGAAUACUAGCAGAUGUGACCACUUAAACUCCCAACAAGGGCUUGCAUUUGUGUGUGUGUGUGUGUGUGUGUGUGUGUGUGUGUGUGUGUGUGUGUGUAUGUGUGUGUGUGUGUGAGAGACAUUUACUGUUGUGGUUUCUAAACUUCUUCAUGAUCUGAUUGUGUGGCACAGCAGGACUGCAACCCGCUCUUGCUAACUUUCCAUAUGCCACUUAAGGGAUCAUUCACGUUAAAGGCGGUUUACCUGUUACUUGGAUGUUUUGUGGGUGUCUUGCAGCUUAUUAACUGGCAGAGUGUGUGAACAGAACCCAGACUCGCCAUAUGUUUCCCUAUGGUUGACUUUCAUGAGGGGAUGUUUGAUCACAGCGAGAUAAAGCAGGCUGCACCAGAGAUUAUCAUGGGUUACCUUACAACACAGCACACAGACGAGAUCUGGCUUUGUAAAGAUGCCCAAAGUGGUGAAAAUUGAAAAAGGUUUUGUUGAGCUUUUGCAAGAUGAAUGCGACAUGGGUUUUCAGUGAUGCUAUGAUUAGGGCAGACCUCUCUGUUUGUUUGGUACUUUUGGAGGUCAGAGUAUUGUAUUUUGCACUUGGUUCUAAUUCAUUUCAAAUUGCUUCAUGUCAUCCUAACCCCGCUUCAUUAAGUUGCUGUAAAUGUAACAUUGUGUGAUCACUUUUAUUCUUAGUAGAUAAGAUGUGCAAUAAUUCAACUAUAGUGUGUUUGCUGUGAGAGAGAGUGGACUGAGAGGAUGAGACGUUUCUAGCCUGUCAGUGCUUAAAUGUAUAUGUUGACUGUCUGCUGUUUUGUUACAUUAACAAAAGGGUAACAGCAUCUUUGGCACAUUGUAUAAUGCUGCGUGUAUAAGAGAGGUUGAUAUGUGUGUGAGAACCAUGCCUUCUUUAAAUAUAUCUGUGAUGAGUUUUAAAACAUA